AUGUCCGCCUCGGCUGUCUUCAUCCUCGACGUCAAGGGCAAGCCCCUGAUCAGCCGCAACUACAAGGGUGAUGUGGCUAUGAGCGAGAUCGAUCACUUCAUGCCUCUGCUCAUGCAGCGGGAGGAAGAAGGUGCCCUGACCCCACUGCUGAGUCACGGACGGGUCCACUUCCUGUGGAUCAAAUACAGCAACCUCUACUUGGUGGCCACCACAUUGAAGAAUGCCAACGCCUCCCUCGUGUAUUCCUUCCUCUACAAGAUAGUGGAGGUAUUCUCUGAAUACUUCAAGGAGCUGGAGGAGGAGAGUAUCCGAGACAACUUUGUCAUCGUCUACGAACUGCUGGAUGAGCUCAUGGACUUUGGCUUCCCACAGACCACAGACAGCAAAAUCCUGCAGGAGUACAUCACGCAGCAGGGCAACAAGCUGGAGACGGGCAAGUCACGAGUGCCACCCACUGUCACCAAUGCUGUGUCCUGGCGCUCGGAGGGCAUUAAGUACAAGAAGAAUGAGGUCUUCAUCGAUGUCAUAGAGUCCGUUAACCUGCUGGUCAAUGCCAACGGCAGUGUCCUGCUGAGCGAGAUCGUGGGCACUAUCAAGCUCAAGGUGUUUCUGUCGGGAAUGCCAGAGCUGCGGCUUGGCCUCAACGACCGUGUACUCUUCGAGCUCACUGGCCGGAGCAAGAACAAGUCUGUGGAACUGGAGGAUGUGAAAUUCCACCAGUGCGUGCGGCUCUCUCGCUUUGACAAUGACCGCACCAUCUCCUUCAUCCCGCCCGAUGGUGACUUUGAGCUCAUGUCCUACCGCCUUAGCACGCAGGUCAAGCCACUGAUCUGGAUUGAAUCUGUCAUUGAGAAAUUCUCACACAGCCGCGUGGAGAUCAUGGUCAAGGCCAAGGGGCAGUUUAAAAAGCAAUCGGUGGCUAACGGCGUAGAGAUAUCUGUGCCCGUCCCCAGUGACGCCGACUCCCCUCGCUUCAAGACCAGUGUGGGCAGCGCCAAGUAUGUACCAGAGAAGAACAUGGUUAUUUGGAGCAUCAAGUCUUUCCCGGGGGGCAAGGAGUACCUGAUGCGCGCCCACUUUGGCCUCCCCAGCGUGGAGAAGGAGGAAGUAGAGGGCCGGCCCCCCAUUGGGGUGAAGUUUGAGAUCCCCUAUUUCACUGUCUCUGGGAUCCAGGUCCGAUACAUGAAGAUCAUUGAGAAGAGUGGUUACCAGGCCCUGCCCUGGGUCCGCUAUAUCACCCAGAGUGGCGAUUAUCAACUUCGUACCAGCUAG